AUGUGGUGGUGGUUGAGCACUGUCCUAGGAUUUUUUGUUUUAUUAGAAAAUAUUGCCAUUGAAAAACCAGCAUACCAACAGAACCCAUUCAUCCCAGGUAACGACAUAUAUGCAGCAAGAAAUGCUGUAGAUGGGCGCAGAACAAACCUGAAGUGGAACGGAGGGCAAUGUGCUGUAGCUGUUAGUGGACAAACCGCCACCUGGUGGGUGAACCUGACAAGCAUCCACAGCAUCCAUCACAUCACCAUAUACUUCUUGACGAAUGAUAAGAAAUUUGAUUCAUCGAAUUAUCUAGCACGGUCCUCUUUGGGAUUUUCGGUGUAUGUCUCCAACACGACAAAUAGACUACAAGGAACACUGUGUUUUAAGGACACCAACUUUACUGGGAGCACCAUACCUGCUGUGUUUAAUACAACAUGUAUCGUGAAUGGACAAUAUGUUAUAUACUACAACGAGAGACUGAAACAUGUUAAAUACCCAGAAGGCUACUCUAAAUUGGCUGAAAGCGAUCUUUGUGAGGUGGAGGUGUAUGGAUGCCCCACCAUUGGGUUUUACGGAUCUAACUGCUCCAUUCCUUGUCCGGACGUCAACUGUCGUUACUGUCACAUAGAGACGGGCACCUGCAAGGGCUGUAAGCCUGGGUACCAAGGUCACCGUUGCGAAUUAAGUUGCCCUCACGGAUAUUUUGGAGAGGAAUGUGCUGAUAAAUGUUCCGAUAAAUGUUAUGGUUGUAACAACAUAAAUGGUCUGUGUGAUUCCAGAUGCCACUCAGGAUGGAGAGGAGAUUACUGUCAUGAAGUUUGCUUACACGGGUUCUUUGGACAGGACUGUUCUGAACAAUGCCACCAAGCAUGCAAUGGUUGUAACCAUGUCAAUGGUUCGUGUCUCUCUGGGUGCAAACAAGGCUGGAAGGGGGACAUGUGUCGUGAAGCAUGUUACGAGGGACUCUACGGUCUUAACUGCAGUGAAAAGUGUGGACAUUGUCAGGACAUAAAACAGUGUUUUCAUCUAGACGGGAUGUGUACAACUGGCUGCGAUGCCGGCUUUCAAGGAAAAUUGUGUAAAACUCCUUGCAACACUGGAUCAUAUGGAAUGAACUGCGGUAAACAAUGCGGACACUGUCGUGAGAACGACUGCCACCAUAAAAGUGGAACAUGUAUAAUUGGAUGUAUGGCGGGUUAUCAGGGAAACCUGUGUUUAAAACACUGCAACAAUACUUUCUAUGGAAUAAAUUGUACACAAAAAUGUAAUAAAAGAUGUAUGAAUUAUAAUUGUCAUCACGAAAAUGGGGAAUGCAUUGAAGACAAAACGAAAAUGUCAACUAUUAUUGUCAUCGUUGGAUUUAUCGCUUUGGCCAUUGUUCUCCUCAUCACAUUUGUAUACAGGAGGUCUCGAUUUAAGACUUUGGAACUACGUACAACAUCUAAUAGAUACGAUUAUUCAACAGAAACGUUUAAUCAAUAUGACGUUACACACAGAAUGCAGAGUAUUUCAACUUUUGACCAGACUAGUAACUUGGAAGAAAACAUGCAUUUACCAGGUCAAGAUAUAACGCUAUGUCUACAGGAUGACUCUUUUGUUAAAGCAAGCAUUAGCAGGGCAAUCAAAGACGAAACUAUUGAAUCGAAUGGAAAUCUACAUGCAGACAAUCCGAUAGAAGAAACUGAAAUCGGAGAUAAACAUAAUUUAGAUAUUGAUAUUACUAAAGUAGAAGAAGUAAUUAAAGAAUACAUGAAAAAUGAUGACAGUGGUUUUAAAGAAGAGUAUGAGAACAUAUCAUAUGGAGAGCAAUACUCGUGUGAAAACGGAAAGCUUCCUGAAAAUAUACCAAAGAAUCGAUUUAAAACAAUAUUUCCAUAUGACCACUCUAGAGUAACCUUAGCAACACGAACUUCUGACUACAUUAACGCUAAUUAUAUUGAUGGAAUUGGACAAGAAAAUGUUUACAUUGCAACACAAGGACCAAAGCAAACCACUGUCAAUGACUUCUGGUUUAUGGUCUGGCAGGAAAAUGUAACACAAAUCGUCAUGUUAACAAAUCUGAUGGAAGGAGUCAAGAAUAAGUGUGCUAAGUAUUGGCCUGACUUAGAAGCAAGCAUGGAUUGUGUGAUGUUCACAUUGAUUACUAUUGAUGAAAGGCGUUAUGCACAUUACGUUAUUCGUAGGCUGAAAAUGACACAUAACCUGCAAAAUAGGAAUAAAACUGUCACCCAUUAUCAUUACACUUCCUGGCCGGAUCACGGUGUCCCGGAUUCGCUUUGUCUUUUACUAUUCCACAAUCAUGUGACAAGAACAAAAAAUAUCAGCGACAGAGGUCCAACUAUUGUGCAUUGCAGUGCUGGAGUUGGAAGAACAGGAACCUACAUAGCAGUUGAUGCCAUGUAUCAUGAAAUCCAAAUGAAUAUCAAAAUCAACAUUGCUGAAUUCGUAAAGAAUAUGAGAGAAAAAAGAAUGAAUAUGGUCCAAACUUAUAAACAAUACAAAACAGUAUAUCUGACUCUCCACGAACUGUUUAAAGCUCAAACUACCAUUGAAAAUACAACGGAAUUUCUACAGAAAUUGCAGGCUGCAAAAACAGAUCAACCGGCAAAUACUUCUUUAAUACGAAAAGAGUUUCAGCUGCUUUUGACAAUUCGGCCUCAGUACACAGAAGCCGAUUACAAAAUUGCGUCCGAUUCAAUGGAUAUGUCAACCUCAAUUCUCCCUUUGGAUGAAUACGUGUUGUUUCUAACGUCAAGCGUUUCCGAACGUGGGAAUUACAUCAAUGCAAUAGCUGUGCCCUCUUUCACCAAACGGGAUAAAUUUAUCAUCACUCACUAUCAGAAUCAAGCGAACGCUGUAGAUUUCCUGCGACUUAUAACUGAUCACGAGUCCGAAGUUGUCGUCUGUAUGGACCCUCUCAGCAGUGUUGAAUCUGCAGAGCAAUGGUUGCCAACUAUAACUAAAGCUAAGAGUCUGAGACCUUUCAAAAUUGAACUUCAGGAAGAACAUAAAACAGAAAUAAGAUGUCGAAAAAUAAGAAUUUCUAACAAAGGGAAAGAAGACAAAGGAUGUUUGGUUGAAUUUGUGGAACCAUUGUAUAGCGUUAAUCUUAAGGAAUCCCAGACGGCUUCUCAAAUUCUUGGUUUGGUGUCAUUGGUAGAGAGAAUUGAAACAGACAACCCAAUAACCGUCGUCAGCAGGGAUGGUGCCGCUCUCUGUGGAGUGUUUUGUGCUGUAUAUAAUCUGAUACAACAACUGACAAUGGACGAGGAGAUAGACAUGUUCUCUGUGGUCAGACUCCUACAAACACGACGCCCUGAGCUUUGUAGCUCUCUGGAGGAGUACGAACUAAUUCAUGAGGCCUUAUACAGAUUCAUAAAGUCGCGAAAAGAAGAACACAUCUACUACAACCAAUAAACAUUAAGUUUAUACAUCGUUCAAAGUAACAUUGUCUGUGACAGAAUCAU